AUGGAAAGCAUUAAGAUCCCGCCCCCUUCGGCAAUCAUAGACCAUCCUUCUCCCGUGUCUUCCUCUAUCAGUCCCCGUCAACCAACUUCUUCUACCAGGAAAACCACGCCACCAGAGAGACCUACCACAAAAUUAACUGCCAACAGGCCCAAGCAGUCCAAGAGUCGUAAUGGCUGCAUCACCUGCAAGACGAAGCGGUUGAAAUGUGACGAGUCAAAGCCCACUUGUCUCCAAUGCAAAAAGCGCAAUGUGGAGUGUGGAGGGUACCAGAAGAAUUUCAAAUGGCGCCCAUUCGAAGAGACCAACGUGAUUGGCAGGUGUUCGAAUACUAAACCUAGGAAAACUGAAUAUCAUUCGUCAGGAAUAGCCUCUCGAAGGCAAAGCUGCGAUACUUCUACUACGCAAGCAGACAAGGGUCAGCCAUUGCCGUCAACGAGGGCUCAAAUAUCUGCACCAGCGGCAUCUUCUGCUGAUUUGAAUGACUCUGCGUCAGCUCACCUGCUGCAGCUAGAUGAACUGUUUAUGAGCAAUCCAAGCAGGCUUUCAGAUUUCCAAGAUGACCUGCCGCCCUGGAACAGAGAUCCAUCAGAUGCAAGCCUCGACGGAAAAUACUCUACACCUGAGCUUACCGAUAUUUCGCCAAUAGAACCGUUCUCAUGGCUCUCUGAUCUUGUACCUUCUCCUGCAGAGAUACAAUCGCCUUCAAAGCGGAUAUUGCCCAAAUCUACCUCACAUGAUCUAAAUCUGGGAUCUGAUGAAAUAAGUUUUGCCGCCCUUCUCGAACAAGAUCACGAGGAUAUAGAGGACAUAGUCCGCCAAUCAGAAGAAACUGACGAGGAUCGGGGUUCCAUAUCCUCUGGAGCCAUGGCCGGGAUGUCUAGACUCUCCAGGGGUCCAAGUCUAAGUUCUGCAAGCCCAGAAAUGUUGGUGCUCCAUUUUGACCAGUUCACCUGUGGAAUCCUGUCGGUCAAGGAUGGAUCUCAAGAGAAUCCGUGGAGAACUUUGAUAUGGCCGCUGGCCAAGGAAACGCCAGCCUUGUACCACGCCAUCUUCGCCCUGGCAGCGUUUCAUUCUAGCAAGACAAACACCGCACUCAGAGUUCAUGGAGUGGACCAUAUGCGACAGAGUAUCACCUGCAUGGUGCAAGAUAUACAGAGUAUGCGAACAGACGCUGCAUUAGCUACAAGCCUUGCGCUGGCUUUUGCAGAUACCUGGGACCAACAUACUCGCACUUGUAUCCAGCAUUUACGCGGAGCUAAAGCUCUAGUCGCGCAAGUGGUGGCCGUUGCAGCCCAACGUCCAGAAGAUAUAGACAGAACUCGAUUCCUGUACCACACAUGGCUCUAUAUGGACGUCAUAGCACGCCUGACCUCGCGAGAGGAUGAAGGAGACCCAUUAAUGGAUGUCUCUAUCUUCCAACAGCCCAAAGAUGCAGUGCAUGAAAUUGAUCCUUUGAUGGGCUGCGCCACAACUCUUUUCCCGCUCAUUGACCGAGUUGCUAGGUUGAUUCAGCGCGUUCGGAAGACGGAGUCAAAUUCAAUCUCCCUAGUUUCCCAGGCCAUUGAUCUUAAACGUUUGGUAGAGCAAUGGGAACCACCGGAUUGGUUCGAGCCCCCUGAGUACCCGACGUCCGAGGUACAGCAUAGUAUCCAAAUGGCACAUGCUUACCGCUGGGCGACGUUGUUGUAUCUACACCAGGCAGUCCCAGAGAUGCCGUCCGAGCCAGCCUCCGCGCUGGCUAAACGGACUCUGAUGUUGCUGGCCACGGUCCCACCCAGCUCUCGAACAACUAUUAUCCAGAUGUUUCCGCUUUUAGCUGCGGGCUGCGAAGCUGAACCGGGAGAGGACCGUGAAUGGGUGUUGAAUCGAUGGGCCGCCAUCCAGUCUCGUCUCAUGCUGGGAUCGAUUGACCGAUGCAUCGAAGUAGUCAAGGAGGUUUGGACUCGUCGCGACUCUUUUGAGAAUCUUACAAAAACCCGUUUAGCACGAGGGUCAGCCGGCAUUAGCUCUUGCAGAAGAGGAUCAUUUGCAGUUGAGGCAGAUGAACCGAUGAAUUACCAAGCCUUGUCAAAUCGAGCAGUAUCCUCCAGGCUAUUGUCUGGGGGCCCUCGCAGAGGUUCCGGGGUGUCACCCUUGGAGAACAUCGAGUUCGAGCAGACGGUCAGAGGGAGAUUACAUUGGGUCAAUGUCAUGCAAAAAUGGGGUUGGGAGGGUAAGUUUUGUGCCUGA